AUGNAGUUAACUACUAAAUCCGAUGUUUAUAGCUUCGGAGUUGUGUUGUUGGAAUUGAUAACUGGACGAAGGGUUAUUGAUACUACCAGACCCAAAGCUGAACAGAAUCUAGUGACUUGGGCACAACCGGUGUUCAAAGAACCGAGUAGGUUCCCAGAGUUAGCGGAUCCGAGUCUGGAGGGAGUGUUCCCGGAGAAAGCUCUGAAUCAGGCAGUAGCAGUGGCAGCAAUGUGUUUACAAGAAGAGGCAACGGUACGGCCACUCAUGAGCGACGUGGUAACAGCUCUCGGUUUCUUAGGAACCGCACCAGACGGCUCUAUCUCUGUUCCACACUACGAUGAAAUUCCUCCUCAGCGGCCGGAUGAAACGUCCGGUGAGGAUCCAGCAGCGGCGGAAGAACGGGAAAGAGCCGUGGCAGAGGCAAUGGAGUGGGGAGUUGCUUCAAGAGCACAUUCCCGGAACCCAAGUGCUUCUUGAUUCUAAUGUUUUGUCUUCUUUGAAUAUUUAAUUUUGGGUUUGGUUGUUUUCUUCUUAUUUGUUGGCUUUUCAAUUUCAGUUUCAGAAAGAUAGUGAUAGAUAAUUGUUACCUUUUCUUUGUUCGUUAUGUUUUGUUUUAUUUGAAUCUGUAUAUUCCAGCUGAGAGUUUUCAUAGCUUGAGAAUUCUUAUUCUUGGUUUCAAGCUUUACAAAAUUUUCGGUUUCAUUCUCGUGU